UUAAUCCUAUCUAUUUUCCUUUCCAUUCUUAGAAAUCCAAAGUCUCUCUACUCUCUACUUUCUCUUCAUCAAAUUCACCUUUUACAGUUUUCCAUUUCUGUUUUCCACUUAUUGAUAAAUUAGUAAGGAACAAAUCCAAACAAGUUACGAAUUCCUUCUCUUAAUUAUUAUAUAUACUGUUGUAUUGAUAUUCUAUAUAUAAAUUGUUGUAUAAAUGUUAUAUUUUUGGUGUGUUUGUUGGAAUAUAUAGAGAAAUUGAUCAGAGAGGUAAGCAGAUAAAUGUCGGACACCAGCGAACAUGUCGACCUUGAGUCUCAGCAGAAAGUGAUGCUGUCCAGCAGAACCCGGUGGCGCAGGUUUCUGUUGAUCAUCAAAGCGCAUAGAGUUUUCGUCUCAAUCCUCACCGACCCGCCGUCUGUAAUCUCCUUGCUGGGGCCGUCAGCAGGAGGAGUACAUACUCUGCCCCCGGCUUACAUUUCUGCUUUCUCUUCUGCUGGUACUAAUGGUGAUGUUCCUGACGAAUCUUCUUCAGCCGUACCUGAUAAUCAAGUAUCAAUAGAGGUCGUCCAUUUGGAUGUGGAGGUAGAAGAUGAUGAUGACUAUUGUAGCAGAGCGAGGGACAAUGCAAACCUGCAACGUGCAAAUAUUGUGAAGAUGGUAAAGGAAAAGGACAUCGAUUCUUUGCAGAGUUUUGGAGGUGUUGGAGGAAUUGCCGAAGCUCUUUGUACCGAUCUAGAGCUUGGGAGUCAUAUUCCUGGCGACAAUGAAGAAAGUACUAGUACCAGUCUUGAACUUCCAUAUGCAAGGGAAAGUGGAGAAGCAGCACAACUUUCCACAACACAGGCAACCGAAGCACCUAGACGAGGCCUGUUUAGACUUCUUAAGAAACAUUGCAGCAACUGCAACACCCUACUUCUCUCUUUGUGUGCCGCGCUGUCAAUUGGAUUCGGGAUCAAGGAGGAGGGCUGGAAGACUGGUUGGUAUGAAGGCGCCAUCAUAAUGGUGGCGAUUUUCAUACUGAUACUUGCUCCUUCCAUCCGAGAUUUCAUACGCCAACGACGAUCACAGAGGCUUUCGGAGAUGCACAAGCCCAUUGAUGAAACAGGAUUUGUGAUCAGAGGUGGAUGCCGAAAGGAAUUAUCGAUCUCUAAUAUUGUGGUAGGCGAUGUGGUCUGCCUUACCAGCGGAUCUCCAGUCCCUGGUGAUGGAAUAUUCUUUGUUAAUCCUGGUGAUGACCACGCCCGCCUUGUCGUUGAUCACGAUGGUUUGGAGUCAGUUGAUGAGAAUACUCCAUUUUUGUUCUAUGGUGCAAAGGUGAUUUACGGCAAGGGAAGAAUGCUGAUAACUUCUGUGGGAAUGGAUACAGUAUUGGGGGCGCUGAUGAAUCAAGUUUCCAGUACUUGCAAUGAGACCCCAUUACCAGUUCAACUUGAAAAGUUUGGCACAACAACACAGACAGCUGCAAUCUCAAUCUCCAUUUUAAUCCUUGUGGUGUUGUUCCUCCGUUUUAUGCUUGAAGGCAAACAUACUACGAAUAAACACUCAGCUGGUCUCCCAGAGCUAAAGAAUGCAGCAGCAACCAAGGGAAUUAUUGACAUCAUCAAGAAAAUUGUCACAAAACCAUAUGGAAAGACCUGUCCCUUCACAACUUCACUGGCCAUUUUUAUGGUAGGAAUCCAAGAGCCAAUUCCUUUUGUCAUCAUAUUAGCUAUGGCUUAUAUGAGGAAAAAGAUGUUUUCAGGCAAGACCUAUGCUAAGGACCUAUUGGCUUAUGUCAAAGUAGGCUCUGCCAAUAUCAUUUGCGCUGAAAAGUUAUACCACCCGGAAGUUGUUAGGUGCUAUGUAGGUGAGGAAAACAUUCAGAAAGGCUGCUGGGCCGACUCUGGAGUAGCUACAUGCGUAGGUGAAGUUCUGUGCCAAUGUAUCAGCACCCCAAUACUGAUGCCUUCGGUUCAUUGGAGAUCAAUAGAAGAUCCGCUGCUUCCAUGGGCUGCCUCAGACCUGGGGAUGGAUACGGAGAUUUCGAGGCAAAAUUCCACAAUUCAAGAGAUGAAAGCAUUGAGCUCCAAUGAGGAAGGAAGUGGAGUAUUGAUGAGGAAGGACAGAGAAAAUGGAAGCUAUGAUCAGCGCGUCUACUGGAAAGGCCCUGCGACUACGAUAAUAGACAUGUGUUCCCGUUACCAUGAAAGCAAUGGUCAAAUAAAGGAAAUGGAUGUAAAUAAGACAGGGGCAUUUAAGCAAAAUGUUGAAGGAAUGCACACUGACCAUCUCAAAACCAUUGCAUUUGCUUACAAGGAUAUUGAUGUUUCAAUUGUAGAAGAAAAUGACUUGACCUUAGUAGCAAUGGUUGGCCUGAAAAACACAUGCUGCACAGAGACAAUAGAUGCAAUUAGUGCUUGUCAAAAGGCUGGAGUAAAAAUCAUACUUGCUUCUGAAGAUGAUGUUUCAGUUCUGGAAGACAUAGCCCAUAAGUGUGGAUUAAAAAUGCUUCCCGACUCAGACAGCUCGGUAAAUCUUACUGAAACAGAUAGGAUGGAUCUAGUGGAUAAAACCGGUGUUAUGGGAAACUCCCAUCCAUCUGAUAGGCUCCUCCUUGUUCAAUGUUUGAAGAAGAAAGGCUAUGUGGUCGCAGUGGUUGGAAACAGAGCAACUGCAAGUGCUACACUAAAAGAAGCUGAUGUUGGGGUGGCAAUGGGGAUUUGGAGCAGCAAAAUGGCAAGAGAAAGUUCCGACAUCAUCGUUCGAAAUGGAAAUUUUGGCUUGUUUGUGAGCCUUAUCAGUUACGGAAGAUGUACUUACGACAACAUCCAGAAAUACAUCCAACUUGUGCUCACGAUGAUCAUAUCAGGGACAUUCAUUUCCUUGAUCACCACUGUGUCUUCGGCAGCCAUCCCAAUUACGGGGAUUCAAUUGAUCUUGGCAAACUUCAUUGUGAACCUUCUAGGUGGAUUUGCUCUACUGUCAGAACCACCCACAGAUGAACUGAUGAAUAAUCCUCCAAUAAGCCCAACUGAACCUUUCAUCACAAAGCGCAUGUGGAGAAACAUAGCAACUCAAGCUCUAUACCAGACAUCCAUCUUGGUCACCUUUCAUUUCAAAGGGAAGAAUCUACUUGGCAUUAGCGAGCAGGUGAGCAAAUCCAUGGUCUUCAACAGUUUUGCGCUCUGCCAGGUAUUCAACCUGUUGAAUUCAAGGGAGCCAGAGAAGAAAAACAUGUUCAAAGGGCUUCACCGAAAUCCAUGCUUUUAUGUGGUUGUGCUGAUCAUCCUAACCCUGCAGGUAUCCUUUGUUGAGAUUUCACAUAUUCUUGUGGAUUAUGCCAGAUUGAACCAGGCACAGUGGGUUUUGUGUCUUAUAAUGGGAUUUGUUUCAGUGCCAAUCGAUACAGCUGUGAAAUUGACAACCAGCUUCAUCAAGUUUCAUACACUUUUCCCUCGGACUGGAUCUACAAGCUUUUCACCCUCUGCUCCUGCAUAUUCAGAAUCAUCAGUUUCUAGUAUUCUAGAGCUAUCACAGCAGGGGAACACUCCGAAUCAACCUUAG